CCCCAGCAUCUCUCUCCCUCUCUGCCUUGCCGUCUUCAACCGCCAUGGAUCUCUCGUCCCGUCGUCCGUGCGUGCACCUGGCGACACGGCCAACCACGCCGGCAUCAGCGUGCCUCUCUGCCAUCUAUCCGAAUCCCCACCCCACCUCUGGCCGUGGAAGGGUGGCGGUAGAUCGAGCUUGACGGGGGACGGCGUCGGCCGCCUUGGCCGUGAUCUGGCCGGCUCUGCCCGUAUCCUGGAGCACCUUUUCUCUGUCGGCGCUCUGUCUGAUGGCCUGCCGGAGUGACAUAAGCUGGGAUCGACGGAGGCCGUGCAAAGCAAAGCAGAUGCUCUGCUUCGUGUCCGAGGCUCCGAGCUGCUUCUUUCCAAGCAAAGCAGAAGCUCUUCUGCCAGCCAGCGUGUCCGCCGGAGAUGCUCUCAGGGUGGUGGGAGGGAAAGGGACAGCGUGUCCGCCAGAGAUGCUCACACGGUGGCCGGAAGGAAAGGGGAUAGCGUGUCCGCCGGAGAUUCUCUUGGCUCCCGUGCGUUCUAUCUUUCUUGUCCCACUCCCAACCAAAGUACAUCUCACAGGCACACCUCCUCAGCCUUGGCCGCACUCUGCUCCACUCCAGUUUGCACUACCUGCCAGUACGUUGCCCCAAAUUGAUCCUCUCUCUCAUUCCCAUGUCCCAACUCGACAGAGCCGGUGAUCAUUCAUCAAUGGCGUCGGGCACCAUUGUGGUCCAAACCAACUCUCCACGGGAGAUGGAUGCCCGGCUGCUAGCGCUGGUCUGCUCAGGCAGUUUCCAGGAUCUAACAUCAUUCCUCGACGGACAAGACCACCAAGCAUCUUCCGCCGUCGGAGGCUCGGCGACAAGGCGGCCUUCCGGUGACGACGAGGAAGCAUUUCUCAGAGAGUCGCUCCUGGACGGGAUCACCGUCGGAGGCGACACUGUUCUCCAUGUGGUCGCCACCAAUGGUGAUUCUGAGGAAUUCCUGAAGAAAGCUGGCCUCGUCCACAGGAAGGCGCAGAACCUCCUCUGUGCGCAGAACAAUGACGGAGAUACGCCGCUGCAUUGUGCUGCGCGGGAGGGGAACUUCGCCAUGGUGUCUCUUCUCAUUGAUCUUGCUAGAAGAGGCGAUGAUGCCAAUGCUAACGGAGUGAAGGCACUGCUGAGAACAGAAAACAAGAUCAAAUGGACAGCCUUGCAUGAGGCUAUCAAGUCUGUCCUCUCUGGGCACGAUGAUAUGGUCGAGUUGCUCAUGAAGAAGGACCCGCAGUUGGCCAGUUUCCCGAAAGAUGGCACAUCGCCAUUGUACCUGGCCAUCUUGGAGGGGAAGAGUUUCAUCGCGGAAACACUCUAUGAGUUGAGCGGCGGGGUGCUCUCAUACUCUGGACCAAAUGGACAAAAUGUACUGCACGCUACUGUUCUCCGAGGCGAAGAUCCUAAAAAGAUGUUGGAAUGGAACAACGUCCUUGCAUCGCAACGGGAUAAUAACGGACGUACACCGCUCCACUUUGCCGCCACAGCUGUUCUAGGGAAUCAGAAAAUACUUUCACAAGUACUGAAAACCAAUGCAGAGGCAUUGUAUCAGCCAGACCACAAUGGAUCAUUCCCCAUACACAUGGCUGCAUCUGUCGGUGCAACAAGUGUAGUCAGUGAAUUUAUUGAAAAUACGCCCAAUUGUGCUGGUUUACGUGAUACUAGGAAAAUGACAUUUCUUCAUGUUGCAGUUGAUAAUAAGAAAAUAUCGACAGUUAGUUAUGCUUGCAAGAACGGAACAUUAUCAUGGAUUUUUAAUAUGCAAGACAAGAAUGGGAACACUGCAGUACACCUAGCUGUCCAGGCUGGCAGUGUUAAAAUAUUUUGUUGUCUGUUCAGGAAUAGACAAGUACAAUUGAAUUUGACAAAUAAGAAAGGGGAGACUCCACUAGAUAUAGCGUAUCAAAAUAUUCCUAAAGGGCUGCAUGCUUACAUGCACAGUGAAGCAAGAAUACUCUCCUUACUUCAAUAUGCUGGUGCCAAAAAGGGUAUCCGUCACCAGGAUUACCUUGAGAAAAACAAUAUUGUCCAAAAAAAUCAGGGUGAAAUAGAUGAAAUGGAGAAAUUGAAGGACGCGACACAAAGUCUAUGUAUUGGGUCGGUCCUUAUUGCAACCGUGACAUUUGGUGCAGCUUUCGCCAUGCCUGGAGGUUACAGAGCUGAUGAUCACACUAAUGGAGGCACACCAACACUCGCUGGAAGGUAUGGUUUUGACGCAUUCUCUCAUGUCUUCUGGAUCACCCGUACGACAUCCUCGGAGCCGGAUAGAGCACUUACGCAUUGCGUACUAUCUCAUGUCGGUUUCAGUCACAAGCUUGGUAGCUGCAUUUGCACUUGCUACCUAUACCAUACUAGCCCCACUUGCUCAUAAGACUGCCAUGGGGUUAUGUAUCUUGAGUUCUCUCAUAUUGGUCUAUCAAAAUUGGGAAUUGGCAAGCAAUAAUAUUGCCAUGGUAGCACCCCUCUGCAGCAGAAAAGGGAAAUUGUGGACAUUUGGAGUGUCAGCAUUAUUUAUCGUGGCCAAUGUCCUAAUUCAGUUGUGGCCCAUAAUAGUAGUAUUUUCUCUGGCCACAAUAAACUACCAUAGUCGAAAAGUGGAACCAUCGGUACACCCUCCAACACCAUUAAAUUGAAGAGGGACCGAAUAUAGGCAGUGAAAGAGGGACCAUUAUCUGUAUCAGUACCAUAUUUUCCAACUGUGGUUUUUUCCGUAUUAUCAGAUAGAGAUUUCGAUGAGAUAUACUACCAUCAGAAUUGUGUUUUUGUUGAGAAACUCUAAUAAUAUGUUUAUGUGUUCUGUUGUGCUGAGACAUUUCUGUGUAAGUGUUAUUGUGCUUGUAACAAUGUAAACAAUUGUCAGUGUAUUUGCUUGCAAACUGCUUUGUGAUGAUAUAUGCAAUUCAUCUGGCCUAAUAGAAGGAGCUAUGUUAUUUUCUGUUAUGAAUUGAUCUUUUGAACAAUUAUUUUGAGUAUAAAUUCCUCUAUACUGGUUUGCAAAGAAACCACUCCCUCCGUUCCGUAAUUAUUGUCGUGGUUUAGUUCAAAUUCCAUAAUUAAUUUGAACUAAAACCACGACAAGAACUAUGGAAUGGAGGGAGUACUUAUUUUGGUCUUGCCGGCUGGCCACACCUGUAGAAUGGUGUCACAUGCUCUGCUAUGCCACUAGUGGUCUCUUGGUAUGUCUUCCCAAGAGGAUACAUAAUGGAGGGCCUAAUGGUCUUUUGGUAAGUCUUCCCAAAGAGCAUCAUUUUUCUUACAGAACCCACUAAAGAACCAAUUGGCUCAGUUCCCUGGCAGGGUCGGCAACAUCGUGCGGUGUCGUCUUCCAGAAUCCAGGGCAAUCGGAUGGCAUCAUCGCGUAUGGCGGCUGGCCAUCGCCUCCUAAGAGAAGGGGAAAGCCUACUAAGUGGUGCUUGAGAUCUUAAUGGGAUGACAAAUCAAAAUCCGGAAGUAU